AUGGUUGUGGCGGGUGGUGGUUUUGGUGGGUAUUGGGUGAGGGUGGUGGUAGCAGGUGGUGGUGGAGUUUUCUACUUCUUUUUCAGCUUCCGAUUUGAUCAGUUUCGCAUCUGUGUUUCAGUUUUCUACUUCGUUUUGAGUUUCCGAUUUGAUCAGAUCAUUUGGUGUAUUAUGGCGAAUUCUAGUGUUAUUGAUGGUGAUUUGUAUUCUUCUAUGAUUGAGAGUGAAGAAGAAGAUGUUGAGAACUCAUUUUUUGAAGGUGGUGAAUCUUCAAGUUCAGUACAUGAUGCACAAUAUUUUGAUGAUAUAAUUGGAGAACAUGUCUAUAAGCCAGAUGUACAUGUUCAACUUAUUCCUUUUAAGGGUUUAAUCUUCAAAUCAUUAAAGUUGGCUAUCAAAAUGUAUUCUGAGUAUGUUGAAAUUGGUGGUUUUGAUGUUAGACUGAGCACACAGUCAAGGUUUGAUAACAAGAUUAUAAAGAAGAAACAUGUUAUAUGUAAUCGUGGUGGUAAACAGAAAAAGAAAUCUUGUGACACAUUAGGUACAAGUGGUGUUAAGAGGAAACGAAAUUUAAAUUCAAGAGCUAUUGGUUGUCAAGCAAAGAUUAUAUUUAAAUCUGUGUAUGGAACUCCAGAUUAUAAAGUUUUUCAGUUUGAUGAACUUCACAACCAUCCACUUGAGAAGAGAAGCGAUUUAAAAAAGGCGAGACAAAUGUCAUAUUCAGAAAAAGAGUUUAUUGUGCGUUCUUCUACAUCAAAAAUAGGUCCAACUAUGGCUCAUAAGUUGAGGGCAAGUCUGAGAGGUGGGUAUGAGUUUGUAAAUCCCAAAGUAGUUGACUAUAAAAAUUUAAGAAGAGAUAUCAACAGGGUUAUUGGUUAUAAAGAUGCCCAAAUGAUAGUAAACACAAUGAAUGAUCGUCGAGCUCACUAUCCAAAUUACUCAUUUGAGUUUAAUUGUCAAGAUGAUGUUUUGGACUGUAUGUUUUGGGCUGAUGAAAUGGAGAAGGCAUAUUAUGCUGAAUUUGGUGAUGUCAUCUCGUUUGAUGCGACUUUCCGAACAAACAAGUAUCGAAUGGUUUUUGUUUCGUUUACUGCUAUUGACCAUCAUAAAAAAUCGGUUACUGUUGGAUCUGGGUUGCUAAGCAAUGAGAGCAUUGAGUCUUACUCUUGGUUGCUUAAAGCAUUUCUUAAAACUCAUGGGAAAGAACCAACACUUGUUUUAACUGAUCAAGAUGCUGCAAUAAAACAAGCUGUUGAGAAUGUUUUUCGUAAUUCAAAGCACCGAUUAUGUAUGUGGCAUAUAAUGAAAAAGUUGAAAAAAAAUAUAUCAGAUGAUUUAUUAACAAACACAGACUUUAGAAAAAGGUUUUCGAAGCUUGUUUGGGACAUUAAUAUGAAACCUGAUGUUUUUGAGGUGAAGUGGGGUUUGCUUGUGAAGGAAUUCAAUCUUGAAGACACAAGAUGGUUUAAAGACAUGUUUACAAUACGUGAUUCAUGGAUACCUGGAUAUUUUAGUGAUAUUCCAAUGUGUGGUUUGAUGAAGACUACAUCGAGGUCAGAGAGUAUGAAUUCAUUCUUUAAUACAUAUUCAGAAAGUGGGAACUUACUUUUGAAUUUCAUGAUGAAUUACGACACUGUCAUUCAAAAGCAAAGGAAUACUCAACGAGCGUUUGAUAGGGCUUCAAAGAAAGCAUCAUAUAAAAUGCAAACACCUCGAGAAAUAGAACUGCAAGCAUCAAAGGUUGAAAUAAAAGCUGAAGAGAAAGAAAUAAAUUGCAGUUGUGAACAUUUUAAGUGUAUGGGUGUUUUAUGCAGACAUGCUUUUACAAUAAUGAUGAGAUGUGGUGUUAAAGAAAUUCCUGAAAGGUACAUUUUGAAGAGAUGGAGAAAGGAUGUGAUAUCAAGAAGUUAUCGUUUUAGUUUUGUUCAAUCCGAUUCAGGUGAUUGUGAGAAUGUAAAGCUAGUCAAUGAUUCAUAUUAUAGUUUUGAAUCAUGUUUGGAUAUUGUAAGAGAUGACAAAAAGAGAUUGGCUUUGUUUGCUGAGAAACAACAAAUGUUGUUGAAGGAAUUUGAGAGUGGUUAUAUUUCUCCUGGAUUGAAAAGCAAGACAGAUGGUGAAGUCGUAUGCAAGCUUUUGGGUGUUACUAUUCCUAUCCAGAAGAGAUUAAUAUUCAUGUUCCUGAAGUUCAAAGCAAUAAAGGUUCUGGAAUCAAGAAAAGAAUUCCAAGUGCAGGUGAAGUAG